AGACUGCUUCCGCUCCCAGCGUACCAUGCGUCGGUUUAUUGGGCGGAAGUGUGGCAGCCGGCGGAACUCGUUUUUACCGUGAGUUUCCAGACCGCGAGUUUCAGGUAAAAAUGGCAAAAAGCUUACGGAGUAAAUGGAAGAGGAAGAUGCGUGCAGAAAAGAGAAAGAAGAAUGCACCAAAGGAACUUAGUCGCUUAAAAAGUAUACUUAAAAUAGAUGGUGAUGUUUUAAUGGAAGAGGUAAAAGAUAUAGCAACUGUGGUUGCACCUGGAAAAUUCAAAGAGAAAGCAGACUGUGAAGAGAAAGAUCAAGAGGGUGAAUCAAAAAUGGAAGUGGAUGUUAAAAGAAACAAAAAGAGUCUUCUAGAUGAACAUGGACAAUACCCAGUUUGGAUGCACCCAAGGCAGAGGAAAAAGCUAAAGGCCAAACGGGGAAAGGGGAAAAAUAAAGUGAAGGCAGCAAAAGCAGCAAAGGGUCUGGCUUGGUAAAGUCUUAAAGGCCUGGAAAAAUACCAUAUGGACAUGUUUGUUCAGAAUAUGUAUUUUGAAUGAAAAUCAUUUAUUUCCAUAAUUUGCCUUUGCCAGUUACUUCAAAUGAAAGAUGAAAUAUCUGUUUUCCAUACUUCAUUUGGUUUUUCAUUAUUAAACAUUCUUUUUAUUUGUUCAAUGUUA